AAAUGGAGUCCAAAAGCCCUUGAAGAACACAAUGGUGGGGCAAAUCUCCUCAGAGUUUGGGUUUCAGGGCGGUUCAGGGAAGGUUUCCGCCUUCUGGGAGGGAGGCCCUGGGAGGGGAAGGGCUAGGCCUCGCUGCCCAUCUUCCGGCCCUUUCCUGGGCGAGUGAGGGAAACGUGGGGCUGGAUUUCCUCCCUGGAGUGAAGGACGAUAGAUGGUGAUCAAAUCUGACAGCCUUUGAAGAAACAGUUAUCUGUCAAGAUGGUGGUUUUCACCUGCAAUGCCUGUGGAGAAGCAGUGAAGAAGGGGCAAGUGGAAAAACAUGUCAAUAUCUGCCGGCACUGUCAGUGCCUUUCUUGUAUGGACUGUGGCAAAGAUUUCUGGGGUGAUGAUUAUAAAUGCCAUGUGAAGUGUAUAAGUGAAGACCAGAAGUAUGGUGGCAAAGGUUAUGAAGCCAAAGCCCACAAAGGAGAUGCCAAACAGCAGGAAUGGAUUCAGAGGAUUCAUGAAACAAUCAAGAAAACAAACAUGAACCCCAAAGUUCGAGAAAUUUUAGAGCAGAUGUAUGCCUAUGAUAAUAUUCCAAGAAAAAAGAAAAAGUUUCAGAACUGGAUGGCCAACAGUUUAAAAAUACACAGCACCCCUCUGCAAGACCAGGUGUGGGAUAUUUUUUCAGAAGCUACGAGAAAGCAGGAAGUAGUUGAAAACUCAUCUGCAAACAAUGAAGUUGUACCAACACCAUCAGAGGUAAAAACAGAGAAAUGUACAAAGAAAAAGAGUAAAAAGGAAGAGAGAGAAAACAUCAAAAAGAAUGAACAAUCAAGUUUGCAUAUUGAGCAAGAAAGCAAGGAACUUAUAAAAAGCAAAAAGUCUAAGAGAGACGUAGUAGAGGGCGUGCAUAAAAAAAAAUCCAAAACCAAUUAUUUGAAGAUGACCAAGCAGCAGGAAGCAGUUAUUUCAUCUGACAUGGAAAUGAAUGGAAAUAGCCCUGAUAUCAAAGAACCAGGAGCCAAAGGAAAGACGAAAAAACGCAAACGCAGCCAAUCAGAAGAUGUAGAUGGACUUCCCACUACAGAAAAAAAAGCGAAAAAUUCACAACCAGAAGAAAAUGAAGAUGAGCAUCAAGGUAAAUUCAGGUGGAAAGAGACCAUAAAAGCUGUCCUGAAGCAAGCGCCUGACCAUGAAAUAUCAGUUAAGAAAUUAAGGAAAAAGGUUUUAGCCCAGUAUUAUGCUGUAGCUGCUGAUCAUUAUAAAUCUGAAAAGGAAAUUCUGGCUCUUUUUAAUAAGAAAGUCAGCAACAAUCCUAAAUUUAGAGUUUUAAAGGAAAAGGUCAAACUCAUAAAAUAGCUUUAGGUAAAUGAUCCAAUUUUAUGUACUGUAUCUAGUUUUGUCAAUAGAUAUGGAAAUAGUUUAAUGAGUACAUAGCAGCAAAAUUUAGCUGUUCUUGAUUGUGAAUUUCAUUUCUUUCACUUACCAUUUAUAUUGAUUAAAAUAUAUUUUUGUAAAAUGACAAAACUCUAUUAAAAUCUUUCCAAUAUUA